UCACAGGAACCAUACGGACCGGGAUCGAGACCGUAUUGUCUCCUCACGAAGGAGAUACAGGAUGGAAAUCUAGCUUUGGAGAAAGACUGGGAUCGUGCGUCCUGAUGAUGCUCGGACUCCAAUUCAUGCCAACAUUUGCAAUGCGCGUUAAAUGGAGACUUAUGACAAGAGAUGCUGCAGGGUGCCGCAUGAUGAUGGUAGGAUAGAGUCGAGCUUAUAGUGGUCGUUUUUUGAUGUUUUCGGGGUGCGAUGGAAUGAUUGAAUGGAUUUUGUGGUCGAUUUAACGAACAAACGCCACCAGACUGAUUAUUGACACGAUAUUAUUGGUGCGAUAUCAGCCUGCAUACAAUCGAUUACUGAAUGUAUGUGAAUUAUGUUACAGUUAUAAAGCCACAACACAGUUAAAACUCACAAGGACUUAACUAACAGUGUCAUACUCGGAACCAUCUCCAAAGUCAGGUUUUGAUUUGAAAGAACUGCAGGGUGAGGGCGCUUUAUGAUUGGCAUUUUUCAUGAUCAAAUAUACUAUACAUAGUGUAGUAUUUAUUAUAGUUCAGUAUAUAUAGCCUUGAUCCAGAGCAAGGACAAUGACUCAUUUACAAGCAGGCCUCUCUCCAGAAACCCUGGAGAAAGCCAAGGUGGAGCUAAAGGAGAACCCUGACACUUUGCAUCAGGACAUCCAGGAGGUGAGGGACAUGAUCAUCACCCGUCCAGACAUUGGCUUUCUCAGGACAGACGACGCUUUCAUCCUGCGCUUUCUCAGAGCACGGAAAUUUAACCAUUUCGAGGCCUUCCGCCUCCUGGCCCAGUACUUUGAGUAUCGCCAACAGAACCUGGAUAUGUUCAAGAACUUGAAAGCCACUGAUCCAGGCAUCAAACAGGCUCUGAAGGAUGGAUUUCCUGGGGUUCUGUUGAAUUUGGAUAGAUACGGGAGGAAGAUUCUUGUUCUGUUCGCAGCGAACUGGGAUCAAAGCAGGUACACUUUUGUGGAUAUUCUGCGAGCUAUCUUACUUUCUCUGGAGGCAAUGAUAGAAGACCCAGAGCUACAAGUAAAUGGAUUUGUCUUGAUCAUAGACUGGAGUAACUUCACUUUCAAGCAAGCUUCCAAGCUAACUCCAAGCAUGCUGAGAUUGGCUAUUGAGGGCCUGCAGGAUAGCUUCCCAGCAAGGUUUGGAGGAAUCCAUUUUGUCAACCAACCUUGGUACAUCCAUGCUCUGUACACAGUUAUCCGGCCUUUCCUGAAGGACAAAACAAGAAAAAGGAUUUUCAUGCAUGGGAACAAUCUGAACAGCUUGCACCAGCUGAUCUUGCCCGAGAUUUUGCCAUCUGAGCUGGGUGGCAUGCUGCCUCCUUACGAUAUGGGCACCUGGGCCAGGACAUUGCUUGACCACGCAUAUGAUGAGGAGACGGACUACUGCCCCGAGUCCUACACCUUAUCUGUCAAAGACCUGGAGAAAGAUCUGUCCCCAAAAACCAUGAAGAGGUCCCAGUCUGUUGUUGAGCCCGGUGUCCUGAAACGACCAGAAAAAGUGAAAAGUGAAGAAGAGAACAUGCAGCCGCUCCUUUCACUGGACUAAAAGCUCUUAAUUCCCCAGGCAACGAGGAAUCGUCAAACCCCAUACACUGGGGAGGAGCACCCUGUUCCUAUAAUGCGAGAGAAAAAAAUGUACAAAGAAAUGAAACAUUAAGGAGAGGAUGAAAUGUGGAGAGAUGUACAGCCUCCAGAUGCAUUGUUGAGAGCUGCCAUUUAAAGUGAUAUUUUUGAAGCAAAGAGCAAACGGCAGACACCCGUAUGUAAUUGUCAAGUGCCAAUUUAAAUCUGUAGAUACACUUUAGUUCUAGACGUGAGAUAGAGAGAGUAAUUGUGAUAUGAAGCUGGAAAGACUGCUGUGAUAUAUCCUGUAUGUGCUUCUUGUGAUUAUUAUGUAGAACAUGGUACUAUAGGAUGGGUAAUCAUGCUUAUAAAGAUUCACAAGCUCUGGGGUUUCCGACAUUUAUAAUCCCCAGAUCGGGCGUUGCUCAGGAGUUUGGGAUGAGAGGGAGUAUUUGGAAAACGUAGAGCUGUUGAUAGUGUUAGACAGACAUAUGCUGCUUCCAUUUAAAGGAGUCACCUCUAAAAUGUUGUCAUUAUUUACUCACCCUCAAAAUUGCAAACCUGUUGAACACAAGGUGAACUAAAAAAGGAAAAAAGAAACAAAAAGCUUCUUCCAUGCAAUAACAGCUCCAAAAUAGAAAAAAUAAGUAUAAUAAUUGUUAUUCACUGAGCCUCAUCUCAUCUGCUGAAGCUCAUGUCUAGCCCAUGUUCACAUCCAGAAAUAAACUUUUAUGGUACUUUUAUGGUGUUUGAAAGUCACUAUAAACGUCGUUGUAUAGAGAGUGUAUAGAAAGAUUCUUAAAAUGUCCACUUUUGUGUUUCAACAAAAAAAAGAGUAAGUGGCUGUUCACACUGAACGUCCGCACCAUUUUAAAUAGUUCUUCGAUGUAAAGAUAUGCUAGAAAAGACUUCCGGCCUCAGGGCCGUAUAAGGCCUCGAGAAAAUUUGACCCUACUAUUUGAGAAAUCAUUUGAACAUUUAAAAAAAUUGCCUUGAUUUAAUUAACUGUUAAAAUUGUUUUAUUAUGAUUACAGAUUAUUUUAAAUAAUAUCAAUGCAAAAUAUUGUAUAAUUGAAAUACAUUUUUUACUUUUUCUUGGUACAUAAGCACAUAACAGAAUGUGUACGUUCAUUUCAACCCACAAUCAGAAAUUGCAAGCAAUUGUAUGAUGUGCAAAUAAUUUUGUAAAUACUCGAAGGUUCCCCACCCAUGCGCUAGACAGACGUCUUUGAUCGUUGCACAAUUAUUUUUACCAUUUUUACCGGUACAAAUGACAAAAAAAAAAACAAUUAUAUAUAUACACUCACCUAAAGGAUUAUUAGGAACACCAUACUAAUACUGUGUUUGACCCGCUUUCGCCUUCAGAACUGCCUUAAUUCUACGUGGCAUUGAUUCAACAAGGUGCUGAAAGCAUUCUUUAGAAAUGUUGGCCCAUAUUGAUAGGAUAGCAUCUUGCAGUUGAUGGAGAUUUGUGGGAUGCACAUCCAGGGCAUGA